GCUUUUUGUUUCGGCUGUCGCUUUGCUUACCUUUAAAGAAGCACAAAUAGGCAAUCUGACGUCCCUCAUGGACUUAUGUUUCGGUACGAAGCGCUCUCGAUCUGAAUGUCACACUGAGACGAAGCGAGCAAAACUAACUGACCAUCAAGACGAGGUGAUGCCUCGAGGAAGAAUUGCUUGGCGAGGAAGCCACGUAUCUUUGGAGCAAAGGCCGAUGCCAUUGGAUCAGGAUGAGGAGCCUCCAAAUACUGGCAAAAUAGCUCCCGAUCCUCAUGACAGAUCAGCUUGCUUCUCUAACUCUACGCUAGCAAAGCGAAAGUCUACGGACCCCGAUGAAUCGGAACACAACAAGGAAUUGCAGUUGCGGUGGGAUAAGUACUCCGACGACAGGAAUUUGGACAGUUCGAGGCUCACAGGGUCCCCUGACAGUAAUUUCGGACUCUUCCUCUAUAUUCCUCCGAGACUAUCCGCCGCAAAUCUGCCUAGAAUACAAUCGGAGGAGGCGUGUCUAUUGAAUUCAGCUCCUGUGCCGAAGUUUAUUGAGUCUUUGCAAACCCCUCCUCGAGAAACGCUGCGAUGCUAUAUGAGCUCAUUGGUCAAUUGUGUAUAUCAUGGUGACUUUUUUCGUAAAAGGCUUUCAAGAACAGAAUUCACUCUCAGAGCUCUCUUUACUUUGAUUGUUGCUCUGACUCUACCUUCCGUGAUGUUUGCACUCGCGACCAAGGAUUUUAUGGAGCAAAACUCCGUGUACGUUCCUGGUGGUGGAUUUUCGGGCUUCUGGUUUACGCUAGGGCGGCUCCAGAGUCUGCCAACUCCGACAUCGAUGAAUUACUACUGCUAUUCGGCGGGAUGCCUAGGCGUUGUGGCAACUCUUGUGAAUCGGUCCAUGAAUGAGAUGCUUGACUCCGCCCUUGAAAUUCAAAGUAAAUGGGAUCAUGCAGAAAUUAGUCGUUUCUCCGUUGUCCCUUUAUUCCUGGAUGACUUAUUGCAGGAACCUAAUCCGCUUUCUGAAAACACAGAUCUUUUGUCUCUGGUGCACAUAAUUACAAGUGUAAAAGCGGGUUGGUUUGGGCUUAAGCCGGUCACAAGGACGCCAUUGAACUAUGUCGAACUUCGUGAAAUGCUGAUACAAACGACAUGGAUUCCGUUGGUUGUCGGAGAUGAUGUAUGGUAUCUAGAUCAUAUGGAUGGCGCCUUCACGAUGAAGCAUCAUCCAACCUGUGAUUUCCAGUUGGGUGUCCCCUUUAUUCCGAGCAUUCUUCUCAACACGAUUAAUGUGAAUCUCGGCAGGCAGAAAGCUUCAGCUUUUUGGGAGUAUGGGCUUAAGCGUGGACUGUAG